AUGGCGGGCUUUUUGCCGCCUAAAUUCGGCCAGACUGACGAAGGUUGGAGACAUCGAGUAGCCGAAUAUGCUGACGAACCUCGUCUCCCACGAGGAUGGUAUCAAGACGGUCGGAAGCUCAACCAGAAAAAGACAGCAAAGGCUUUCAUAUGGCCCAAAGAUGGAAAGAAUGGAUCUACGUGGGGUCGCUUGAAAGAUGUCCUGCGAAACCAAGGUCCUGAUAUCUAUGUCGCGUUCGGCGCAAAUAAAAAUGACUGCAUACCCAACCGCCCCACACGAGCUGAGUGGUCCAGGCAUUCAGACCUAGAUGAUCGUGGUAUGGGCUUUAGGUUCAACACGAAAAAAUAUUCGCCAUGGACGCGCGACCGCGGGCUCUGGGGGCGACCGCCUUGGAAAAAAUACGAUUUUCGGACUCGAAAAUAUGUCUCACCAUACCCGGCAAUGUGGACAGAUGCCAUCUGGCAGCCGGAGCCCUAUAGGAACAGAAGUUGGAACAAAUAUCCCGAAGCCGUCAGGGAUUUAAAUGGGCAGUGGUGGCAAGACGACCAAUAUCUGCCCCAGGUCCUAGGCGGACCUAUUGAUAAUGAGUUUGGCCAGGGUGCCCCGGGUGCACAUUUACACUACACAGUCCCGUGGUGGGCUUUAUAG